CUUGGAAAAUCCGAGACGAGGAGGUGAUCGACAAUAAAUCAGGCUGGGCAUUUUGGACGUUUAGAUUCCCGAUAGUUAAGCUCCUCCAUACAUUUCCUGUAGGCACUCAGUCUGGGAUCACAGAUGGCAGGAUACUACAAGAUAUUGUGGUUGAAAAGAAGAAACUCUGCCAGUUUUCAAGAUGGUCCGGAUUCGCCUAAUGACUUCCCCCCGCCCCCGACCUGCCUCCGGAAGCAACAUGGCGCUUUCCCUCAGCACCUCUCCAGAUUUCCAUUACAUGUAGUCUGGUACAGGCAGGGCAUCUUUUGCCAUCAUCCAAGAUGGCGAGCCAUGCGCCCCCAAGGUUUCCAGGUUUCAAAAUGGCUCCCCAAACCCGCGCCGCCGAGGAGGUUAAUCUCGGGAACAGAACCGAAGGCUAGUGGAAGUGACGAAGAGGAAGCAAUCGCGCAUCGGAACCCCGCCCCUAACCCUAAGCCCCGCCCUCAGCGGCGCACAGAGCGGAGCCAAGAUGGCGGCUGAGUUGGAGUAUGAGUCUGUGCUGUGUGUGAAGCCGGACGUCAGCGUCUACCGGAUUCCACCCCGAGCCUCCAACCGCGGCUACAGGGCAUCUGACUGGAAAUUAGACCAGCCUGAUUGGACUGGUCGCCUCCGAAUCACCUCAAAAGGGAAGAUUGCCUAUAUCAAACUGGAAGAUAAAGUUUCAGGGGAGCUCUUUGCUCAGGCACCAGUAGAACAAUAUCCUGGUAUUGCUGUGGAGACAGUGACGGAUUCCAGCCGUUACUUUGUAAUCAGGAUCCAGGAUGGUACUGGGCGCAGUGCGUUUAUUGGCAUUGGCUUCACGGAUCGCGGAGAUGCCUUCGACUUUAACGUUUCCUUACAAGACCACUUCAAGUGGGUAAAGCAGGAAACUGAGAUUUCCAAAGAAUCGCAGGAAAUGGACAAUCGUCCCAAGUUGGAUCUAGGCUUCAAGGAAGGACAGACCAUCAAGUUAAGUAUUGGGAACAUUACAACCAAGAAAGGAGGUGCUUCUAAGCCCAGGACUGCAGGAACUGGGGGCCUCAGCUUACUUCCACCGCCUCCCGGAGGCAAAGUCACUAUCCCCCCACCAUCCUCAGUCGCCAUCAGCAAUCAUGUCACCCCACCACCCAUUCCAAAGUCUAACCAUGGAGGUAGCGAUGCAGAUAUCCUUUUAGAUUUCGAUUCUCCUGCUCCUGUCACAACACCAGCACCAGCUCCAGUUUCUGCAAGCAAUGACUUGUGGGGAGACUUCAGUACCGCAUCCAGUUCUGUUCCAAACCAGGCCCCGCAGCCAUCCAACUGGGUCCAGUUUUGAGUAGCAUUGGUGGGACAUCAAGUAUAGACUUGAAGAAUAAAGACGACCUCGAGGGCACCAAUCUUUGAGGGAGGUUAGGAACCCUUUCUCCUCCCCAGAACCAAAAUUAAUGGACAAUCUUUUUCAUAGCUUCUCCAUUGUAUUCAGGCUGAUGUAUGUCACUCCCCUACGUGUUACUUGCUGUGCGGCCAAGAAAGCUCUGUUGUGUCCUGCUCAUUACCCUGGCAGGGGGUAGUGGAUCUUGUCAUACCUGUGGCUGACUGCGCACGGUGCAGAAGGCCAGUGGCUUCUUCAGAGGGGAGUGACCUCUAACGUUUGUAAAGAUUUUGCCCAUCUUCUGAACUCUUGGGCUUAUUUCAGAAUCAUCUCAUGACCCUGUGUACCCCUUUGUAAAGCCCUCUUCACCAAUUUCAGGGGAAAGAAAAGCUUGAAACUUUCUUUUUCCUUAACCCAAGACUCUAAAAAUGUAUAGGCUGACGUCAGUAUUUACAAAUGUCAGAAUUUUGAAGCCUGGACUACGUAGUGACUUCAAGACCAGCCUGAAAAUACAUAGUCAGACCUGUCUCAGAAAAGAAGAAGAGAAGAAUAUGGGUAGAGGCAGGUUUGGAGAAAGCUCUGUGUCCUGGGUCUCUUGUUUCCAGCCUCCUUCAGGCUUCCCCCGUUCAGUGAACAGUGAACAUCCAGUCCUGGGCGCAGCUCCGUUACCCUCUUGAGUGUUUACAUGUCUCUUCCUGAGAUGAAAGGGUUGUGUCGGUAGCGCUGCCACUAUUCUUUGGUGUUUUUUGAAUAGUGCAACAUGUUCGAGCAGUGGGUGUUUCUCAGAUGGAGGAGGCUCAAGGGGCUGUGCUUUCCAAAUUAUACAAGUGUUGAAUUUCUUGCAGCACCAUCUGGUUGCUGCAUUGGAAGCACAGCAUUCAUUUGUAGUCACCCUUUCAUUUGACUUAAAAUUGAAGAGUUAGAGUUUUUAACCUAAUCAGUAGAGCAGAGAGGUUGAAAGCACUUAACUCUCAUUCAGUACCCACAUUGCCUUGCUGCCUGGGUAUCUGACCUCUUUCCAUAAACAUUUCUUUUCUAAUCCAUCUGACUCUUCAGUAGAAAGCUGCUAUUACAUAUAUUGUCAUUUAUGAAGGAAGUUGGGGAGUUACAGUUUUCUUUCCGACAGGUUUUGUUUCAGGCUUUGAUACCCUCUAGCAAAAGUAUCUUCAAAGCAAGUUGCUGCCCUACCAUUUCCUUUCCCUCUGCCCCACCAUUCCUUUUACAGUGCUGUGAAGAGAGUUCCCUGUCUUAGGGAUUAUUAUUAACUUAACCUAUCUAUUUUGUUCGUUAAUGGACUGUUUGGAGGAUUAAAUGGAAAGAUAUAAUUUCUUCCCUUAGUAACUAUUUGAGUAUGUACAUUCUGAUUGAAGGGGGUAAGUCCUUCUAUUUAGUUUCAAAAUACAUUGUUUCUCCUGGAUUUCCUUCUCAGCUUUUUCUAACUUUGGGUCCAUUUUUUUCAUUGCCUCCCCUUCCAGGCAGCUCUAAUUCUUGCAGAACCAUGGCAGGACAUUUUAAAAUUUCACUAGAAAACACUAAAGAAAAGUCUGUAGAAUCACUAGUGACUACUGGGAACCUAUUUUUCUCAAUCUUCCUCCAUGUUGUGUUCUUUGUAUUCUCAAGAUGAUAAUAUAUUAUGUAUUUGAAUUGCUGAAAAAUUGAAAAUGAAGUUAAGGUAUAUGUAUAUAAAGCAGAUGCUGUAUUGGUGCAAUAAUGGUAAUUAAAAUAUAGAAAAAGGU